GAAAGAAAGCCCCAACCACCAACCAAUCCGGCGUCGAAGGAAGCUUCUGGGCCACGCCGCCAAAAAAGGGAAGAAAACCAUCCACGCCCGAUGCCUCCGCUCCUCACCUCACCCGCCUCCCUCUCCUGCUCCGCCCCUCUCCACCUCGCCUCUCGCCUCGGCGCCCUCCACCACCACCACCACCGCGCUGCCGCCCACUUCCUCGCGCCGCGCAGGAAGACCCAACCAGCCCCGGCGAUGAGCUGGCUGGGGAAGCUAGGCCUGGGCGGUCUGGGCGGCAGCCCGCGCGCGUCGGAGGCGUCGGCGGCGCUGGCGCAGGGGUCCGACGAGGACCAGCCCGCGCCGGGAAACGAGUUCUCGCAGUUCGGCGCCGGGUGCUUCUGGGGCGUGGAGCUGGCGUUCCAGCGCGUCCCCGGGGUGACCCGCACCGAGGUGGGCUACAGCCAGGGCAACGUCCACGACCCGACCUACGAGGACGUCUGCACUGGCGCCACCAACCACAACGAGGUCGUCCGCGUGCAGUACGACCCCGCCGCCUGCAAGUACGACGACCUCCUCGACGCCUUCUGGGCGCGCCACGACCCCACCACCCUCAAUCGCCAGGGCAAUGAUGUUGGGACCCAGUACAGGUCAGGGAUCUACUACUACACCGCGGAGCAGGAGAGGGCGGCGAGAGAAUCCCUGGAGAAGCAGCAGAAGCUUCUGAACCGCAAGAUCGUCACCGAAAUCCUCCCGGCGAAGAGGUUCUACAGGGCAGAGGAGUACCACCAGCAAUACCUCGAGAAGGGUGGCCGCUUCGGCUUCAGGCAGUCUGCAGAGAAGGGUUGCAACGACCCAAUCCGCUGCUACGGCUGAACUGCAUCACAGUAGUGCCUGAAUAAGGAUCGAUCAGAGCCAAAAUUUACUAGAACUGUUUCCCUAGUUUCGUUUUGUCAUCUCAAUUGAACGGUUGUAAGAGAGGAGCUAUCCAUGGUACUUAGAGAUAAUGGAUGUACAAACCUCGUUACCGGGCUUGGGAGCGUAAUAUAUAUAGUCCAUUUGAGUGCAUAGAAUCAUAAA